AUGCAUGAUACCAGGUGGAAGGUUGGUUCAAUUUUUCUUUCUGUUACUACUGCUGAGGGUGAAAUACCAACUGGCAACAACGUUCAGCGAAACCCCCGCGCCUUGCUCCUAAAACCAGUAAUAAAAGAAGUCGAAGAUGAUGGCCCCUUCGACUUCCUCGCCAACUGGAUCUCCCGGAUGAUAAGCCCUCCAAAAAAGCCCAAGUUAUCAAUGCUCGGCCCGAUCCACGUCCCGGGAAUCAACGACGAAGUUUACCUGGACAACCCAAUGCCAUCCCGAGCUCCAAGCCGCGUGGUGAUCCGAAUGAUGCCUGACAGUUUAAAAACCCAAUCAUUCCCCGGAAUGUCUCUCCAAUCAAACUCUUUCUCUCCCUUUUUCCCUAUUUCUUCCACUCGAGUCCCCAUGAUGUCCACAAACUUCCACCCCAUGCUAUCCACCGCUUCCUCAUGGCGUUAUCCUCAAUUCCCACCUCAAAGUCGACCGGAAGAAUUUUACGGGAACAAUUUUAAUACUCCUCAAAAUUACUACAAAGAUUUUUCCCCCCAGCCGUAUCAAAAACCCCAUUUUUCUCCCAAUCCGACACCAAAUGAACCUUUCCGUCCUUUAGUUCCUCAAUCUCCUUCUUCUUCUUCUUCUUCUUCUUCUUCCUACUCUAACUUCAAUAAUAAUCAUAAUAAAAAAUACAACUCAAUUUCUGGUAAUAAUUUUAAUUACGGAUCAAAUUAUCGUCCGCCGUAUUCAACGCAAGAUAAUUCUCAGUACAAUUACAAUUAUAAUAGUCAACCUUUAAGUGGUAAUAUUUCUUCAGGAAAUUCUUACAAAUUAAAUAAUAAUCAAGAAGAAGAAGAAGAAGAAGAAAAAGAAGAAUUUAGGGAAGAAAUAAAAGAAACUAUUGAAACAGUAGACUUCAGUAGAGUUUCUUCAACAAAGCGUCCCAGAAUUACAACAACUAAAUCUUCUCCAUCGUCUUCAGUUUCGGUAAGUGAAAACGAAAUUUACCGAGCUGAUCGGAUGAUUCCGACAAACCCGAGCUAUAAAGACACAAGAUAUUGGCGGCCAUUGAAGACAACGUCCGCUAUUAUUAAAUCUUCUGCUUCUUUAAGACCUACUACGUACAGACCGACUUCAUUAUUACCAAUUACAACAACUCCCAGUGGCACAAAUCGAUAUAGUGCGAGGGAUAUUCAAGAAAUUGCUCCGCCUAAUUUGAGAGACUGGAGGGAGGUCGGUAAUAUUCAGGACAAUUCUUCUGAAGUUGUUUACUUUAAUAGUAAUAAUGAAAAUCGGGAUGGUAGUGAUAGUGAGAGUGAGAAUGAUAGAGAGUGGAUUGUCACGGAAAAAAGCUCGGAUUCAAGGAUGGACAACUUGAAGAUUAAUGAGAAAGAUGAGGACGGAAUCACCACCAAAGAUGGAAUCACUUUGGGAAGAGGAGAGACUCAGGAACACAAUCGAGGACAUGAUAGAAAAUUUAACGCGAGAGUUUUGAGGAAGCAGAGAAUUUUUGGAGGUAAUAAUAGUUCGAGGGGAAUGGUGAGAGAAUGGAAAGCACCGACGACGAUGAUUACUAGUACGACGAAGGAGAAGGAGGAGGAGGAGGAGGAGGAGAGAUUUACUAGGAGGUUUAAUAAUACCGCGGGGAAUAUUGAUAGUGUAAUGGAGCUAACUGCGAGUAAUAAUUGGAGGGAUGAUAUUAAAAAGAAUAAGAGGAAAUUGGAUAAAUUGAAGAAUAGUAAUAGGAGAGUUAGGAUUGUUGAAAGUGUCCAGAGUUCGGUUUCUAUGACUAGUUCUAAGGACUCGUAA